GGCCGAGAUCCGUGACAGAGUUUUGCCUUCAGUGAGGCGGGUGGCCGUCGAAAGCGUAGCUUUUGAGAAACCAAAAAGAGGAUGGGGAAUGGGAUUGCAGGCACGUAGUAAAGUGCCGUUGCACAAGAGUUGCAAGCGCAGCAGUCGUGUGUCGACUGCGGUGGACUUCCUCUCCUCUUCACGCGGUCGCCUCUUAGGAGAAGUCGAAGGAUGGACGAAAGAUUGCUCUUUGCGUGGUGCUUGACUUUGCGAUCGUUUCCCCGGAAAGCGCCUUCCCCUCCUUCUGUCUCGCCUCUUCCAACGCAAGCGGAGGUUGGAUGGAUGUUACACGGAUGUACAGUCCCCACUGUUGCGGGUGCCUGGCCCCUAGAGAAAUGUCGUCGCUCUCCACGUCCUCUAUUCGGCCAAUCCUUCUUGGCCUUCGCCCUUCCUGCCUGUCCUUCUUUCUCCUUUCCCUCGACCAAGGGAGACCCUAAUAGGAGGAUCGAGACAACGAGCACCGCCAGCAGCCACAGGUUCUCUUCAGAAGAAGAACGUUCUGGUGGAGACUGCACAAUGGCUCGCGACCCGAGCUUUCCUGCUCACACUGUCGUGUCAACAAUCCGCGACACUGCAGCUGGGGUGAGACUGUCUUGGCGGCGGGCCAAAGGCUCCUUCUCGCUGCUGUGUGCUGGGGCCGAGACUACGACGUGGAUUGCCGCUUCCUGCAACGACGGCAAGCACGAGUGAGGGUGAGAGGAGUGCAAUGAUCCAUGUCCCGAGGUGAGGAUGGGAGGGAUGAACG